AAGACACAUGGAGUCUGCGGGUCGCUGGCGGAGCCUGCCUGGCGGGCCGAGCCUGAAGCAUUUGACCGACCCUUCGUACGCGAUCCCAAGGAAGCAGCAAAAGCCGGCGCUGCAGGAGCUGACGCGGGCGCACGUGGAGUCCUUCAACUACGCCGUGAGCGAGGGGCUCGGCCACGCGGUGCAGGCUAUCCCGCCUUUCGAAUUUGCCUUCAAAGAUGAACGUAUUUCCCUCACAAUUUUGGAUGCUGUCAUCACUCCGCCUACAGUUCCCAAAGGGAGCAUCUGCAGAGAAUUCAAUGUCUUCCCAGCGGAAUGUCGGGGCCGACGGAGUUCCUACAGGGGAAAGUUGACAGCUGAUAUCAGCUGGGCAGUGAAUGGAAUCUCCAAAGGAGUCAUUAAGCAAUUCCUUGGUUCUGUUCCCAUCAUGGUGAAGUCCAAGCUUUGCAACUUGCAUGGCCUUCCUCCAAAAGCCCUCAUUGAGCAUCACGAGGAACCUGAGGAAAUGGGAGGCUACUUUAUCAUCAAUGGCAUUGAGAAAGUCAUUCGAAUGCUAAUUAUGCCUAGAAGGAAUUUCCCUGUUGCCAUGAUAAGACCAAAAUGGAAAAGCAGAGGCCCUGGCUACACGCAAUAUGGCGUUUCCAUGCGCUCCGUGAGGGAAGAACAUUCUGCGGUCAAUAUGAACCUGCACUACUUGGAGAACGGCACAGUUAUGUUGAACUUUAUCUACCGGAAGGAGCUGUUUUUUCUUCCCUUGGGAUUUGUGCUUAAGGCACUCGUCAGCUUUUCUGACUAUCAGAUAUUUCAGGAGCUCAUCAAAGGGAAGGAGGACGACUCGUUCCUCAAGAAUUCUGUCUCCCAGAUGCUGAGGAUCGUAAUGGAAGAGGGCUGUGCCACACAGAAGCAGGUCCUCAGCUACCUGGGCGAGCGCUUCCGAGUGAAACUCAGCCUCCCGGACUGGUAUUCAAAUGAGCAGGCUGCAGAGUUCCUGUUUGAUCAGUGCAUCUGUAUUCACCUGAAAUCCUGUACUGAAAAGUUUUACAUGCUUUGUUUCAUGACACGGAAGCUCUUUGCUUUAGCCAAAGGAGAAUGCAUGGAGGACAAUCCUGACAGUUUAGUGAAUCAAGAGGUCCUUACACCAGGACAGCUUUACCUCAUGUUUCUGAAGGAAAAAAUGGAAGCUUGGUUGGUAUCAAUUAAAAUAGCUCUAGACAAAAGGGCUCAGAAAACUAAUGUCUCCAUAAAUACCGAAAACUUGAUGAAGAUUUUAAAUAUGGGAACAGAUCUAACGAAACCAUUUGAAUAUCUUCUUGCCACUGGGAAUCUACGUUCUAAAACAGGUCUUGGCUUCCUGCAAGAUUCUGGACUCUGUGUUGUGGCUGACAAGCUGAACUUCAUCCGCUAUGUCUCCCAUUUUCGCUGUGUGCACAGAGGGGCUGAUUUUGCCAAGAUGAGGACCACCACGGUGCGCAGACUGUUGCCUGAGUCCUGGGGUUUCCUGUGUCCUGUGCACACCCCAGAUGGGGAGCCCUGUGGUCUGAUGAACCACUUAACUGCCGUGUGUGAGGUGGUGACACAGUUUGUCUAUACAGCUUCAAUUCCAGCUUUGCUCUGCAACUUGGGGGUCACUCCUGUGGAUGGAGCGCCACAUCGGCCCUACAGCGAGUGCUAUCCCGUGCUUCUCGAUGGUGUCCUGGUGGGCUGGGCGGACAAGGAGCUGGCUCCGGGCAUCGCAGAGUCUCUCCGACACUUCAAGGUGUUGAGAGAAAAGAGAAUUCCUCCCUGGCUGGAAGUGGCCCUCAUUCCCAUGACUGGAAAACCAAGUCUCUACCCCGGAUUGUUCCUUUUUACCACUCCUUGCAGACUGGUACGGCCUGUGCAGAACUUGGAAUUGGGGAAAGAGGAACUAAUUGGAACUAUGGAACAGCUCUUCAUGAACAUUGCCAUCUUUGAGGAUGAGAUUCUUCCUGGAGUCACCACCCACCAGGAGCUCUUCCCGCACAGCCUGUUAAGUGUCAUCGCCAACUUUAUACCUUUCUCUGACCACAACCAGAGUCCACGGAACAUGUACCAGUGUCAGAUGGGUAAACAAACGAUGGGCUUUCCCCUUCUCACUUAUCAGGAUCGAUCAGAUAACAAACUGUAUCGUCUUCAGACUCCACAAAGCCCUUUAGUGAGACCAUACAUGUACGAUUACUAUGACAUGGAUAACUAUCCAAUUGGGACAAAUGCCAUCGUUGCUGUUAUUUCUUACACUGGCUAUGAUAUGGAAGAUGCUAUGAUUGUGAAUAAGGCCUCCUGGGAACGAGGAUUUGCCCAUGGAAGUGUCUACAAGUCUGAAUUCAUAGAUCUCUCUGAAAAGAUUAAACAGGGAGAUGACAGUCUGGUGUUCGGAGUCAAGCCUGGAGACCCACGUGUUUUGCAGAAGUUAGAUGAUGAUGGCUUACCUUUCAUCGGAGCCCAGCUGCAGUAUGGAGACCCGUAUUAUAGCUACCUAAACCUCAACACUGGCGAAAGCUAUGUGGUGUACUAUAAGAGUAAAGAAAAUUGUGUUGUGGACAACAUCAAAGUAUGCAGCAACGACAGCGGCAGUGCCAGGUUCAAGUGUGUCUGCGUCACAGUGCGGGUGCCCCGGAACCCGACCAUCGGCGACAAGUUCGCUAGCCGCCACGGUCAGAAGGGCAUCCUGAGCCGCCUGUGGCCCGUGGAGGACAUGCCCUUCACGGAGAGCGGGAUGGUGCCAGACAUUCUCUUCAACCCGCACGGGUUUCCCUCCCGCAUGACCAUCGGCAUGUUGAUCGAGAGCAUGGCAGGCAAGUCGGCUGCGCUGCAUGGGCUCUGCCACGACGCCACCCCCUUUACCUUCUCCGAGGACAACUCGGCCUUGGGCUACUUUGGAGAGAUGCUGAAGGCGGCCGGGUACAACUUCUAUGGCACUGAGCGCCUCUACAGCGGUGUCAGUGGGCUGGAGCUGGAGGCCGACAUCUUCAUUGGCGUGGUGUAUUACCAGCGCCUGCGCCACAUGGUCUCCGACAAGUUCCAGGUCCGGACCACGGGCGCCAGAGACAAAGUCACCAACCAGCCCAUCGGCGGGAGAAACGUCCAGGGCGGCAUUCGCUUCGGGGAAAUGGAGCGGGACGCGCUGCUCGCCCACGGGACCUCCUUCCUCCUGCACGAUCGCCUCUUCAACUGCUCGGACCGUUCCGUGGCCCAUGUGUGCGUGACCUGCGGGAGUCUCCUCUCGCCCCUGCUCGAGAAGCCGCCCCCGGCCUGGUCCGCCCUGCGCAACCGCAAGUACACCUGCACCGUGUGUGCCCGCAGCGACACCGUCGACACCAUCUCCGUGCCCUAUGUGUUCCGCUAUUUUGUGGCCGAGCUGGCUGCCAUGAACAUCAAAGUGAAGCUGGACGUCGUCUAGGGCCAGAGGCCUUUCAGGGUGACAGGCCCAGUGGAUCCCAUGGAAUGCAAUUCGGUAGGGAUGCAAGGAAUAGGAGUAUUUUUAUUCGAGGAUUAUUAGAACUUCCCGACAACUGAGUUUCUGUGUCUCAAGGUGUAGACUACUAAGUGUAUUUUCAGCAUAUUUGUUCAAGACAUGCAGAACAACCUUCUUUAAAUGGCACAUUAGUAUGUAGAAGGCAGUGGAGGGGGAUUUCCCUCCCAGGUUCUCAGAUCCCUGCUCUCAAAUAUUUAUUUGUCCAUGUAAAUCAAACAGACUAACACACAUAGAUGUUAAGUCAUUGAUAUUUUAUAUUUUUUUACUAUUACACUGAAGAACAGAACUAUUUUUGUAACAGACUUAUGAAAUGUAACUGUCCCACUGAAAAUCUUGCACGUAUUAAAUGUAUGUGACUUGA